GCGCGACCAACGACAGAACGAGUCAGUCUGCGGUUAGUGGGCGGCGCGUGAGUCCUGACGUCACAGUGAAAUCAAUAUAAAAGCUCUCUCACGUUCCUUCGCAAUGUCAGAGUCACCUACGAAGAAGAGCAAGAUGGCAACCGCUUUGGAUCAGCUGAAGGAAAUGACGGUGGUGGUGGCGGACACCGGGGAUUUCGAAGCCAUGAAAAAAUACAAGCCAACGGAUGCCACCACCAACCCCUCUCUCAUCCUCCAGGCUGCCAACAUGGAGCAAUACUCCCCCCUCAUUGAACAGGCUGUUGAGUAUGGCAAGAAGACAGGAAGCAACUCAGAAGAAAAGUUGACAGCAGCAAUGGACAAGCUUUUUGUCCUGUUUGGAUGUGAAAUUCUCAAGAUUGUCCCAGGACGUGUUAGCAUUGAAGUUGAUGCUCGACUGAGCUUUGACAAGGCAGCCAGUGUCAGCAAGGCCAAAAAAUUCAUCUCCAUGUUUGCUGACGAAGGCAUUGAUAAGGAACGUAUCCUAAUCAAGUUGGCAUCCACCUGGGAAGGCAUUAGUGCAGCAAAAGAGCUGGAAGAGGACCAUGGAAUCCACUGCAACCUCACCCUCUUGUUUAGCUUUGCCCAGGCUGUGGCAUGUGCAGAGGCAGGAGUGACUCUCAUUUCACCCUUUGUCGGCCGUAUCCUUGACUGGUAUGUGGCAAGCACAGGCCAAAAAACUUAUGAAGCCCAUGAAGAUCCUGGUGUUAAGAGUGUCACCAAAAUCUACAACUACUACAAGAAGUUUGGAUACAAGACUGUGGUUAUGGGUGCUUCCUUCAGAAAUGAUGGUGAAAUCCGGGAGCUUGCUGGAUGUGACCUUCUGACCAUUAGUCCAAAACUCUUGGAGCAACUUCAGAACUCUUCAGAACCAGUGACACAGCGUCUGUCUGAAGCUAGUGCAAAGAAACAUGAUUUGGAAAAGGUUGAAAUGACAGAACCCAAAUUCCGCUGGGAAAUGAACGAAGACCAGAUGGCUACCGACAAACUCUCGGAGGGAAUCCGCAAGUUUGCUGUAGAUGCCAUCAAGUUGGAGAAGAUGCUUGUGGAGAAGUUGAAGUAAUUCACACAUUCCGUAAUGUUCCUAUUAGGGUUAUGGUGUAAUGCCAUUUCAACAUUGUUCAAACAGGAAUUUUUAUUUUCUUACUUGGGAAUCCUGGAACAUGAAUUUUCAUAUUUAUUAUGAACACAUUUUAUAAGUACACAGAAAGUAGGUGCCUACUUGUUAAUGUUAUCAAAGCUUGUUUGUGAGAGUUGUAAAGGAGGAGAAAUUUAUCAGCAAAUGUUAAAAAAAUUAUAUGGUUGUAAAUCCUGAUGGCUUGCAGCAUUUGGUAUCAGGGCAAAGUGGUAAACCACAUGUACUUGGACAGCUUUCCUGGGUGCAUGAUGGUGGGAUACUUGGUGUAGUAGUAGCUCUUAGUUUGUAGCUGGCAUUGUUAAAAUUGCUUUUGAUUUUAUAGAACAACGCUGUUUACUAAUAUUUGCUUUCAGUUUUGUCAAACAGUUACUGUUUUGCUUCAUAAUGUUUACAAAACAAAAUUGUUACUAUUACAUCAAAGAUAAUAUCAAAAUGCUAUAGGAAAGUUUACUAUAAUUAUGAAUUGGUACUCGCAUAAAUUUUAUAGUUAACAGUGAAACUGUAAUUUAAGAUAUCAGAUAUUUUAUUUGUAUGUAUAUUUACUUGCAAAAUAUAUUUAGUCAAGCAUUUAUGCGAAGUUAGUACUUGUUAAGUGGAACAGAAAACCCUUAUUGCAUUUUAUGAAGUUUGAUACUUCUGCAGUGAAACUGCCAUCUAAAUCACAUUUUCCAUUAUGCAGUUGUAUUUCAUACACAGGAUUCUUAAUAAAGCAAUGUUAUUCA